AGCAUGGCGCGUCGGCUGUUUGUGUGUGAAGUCGUUCCUCUCUCCGCUCCGACAGUGAGAGGUGUCGCCCCUCUGCGGUCAGAGCUCAUAAAGGAAGCGUGUAGAUUUGCUGUCUGGAGGGAAAAUAAGCUAAAAACAGACAUAAAGUUUGUCCUGCGCUCUUCUCAGCUCAGCCUGGUGAACCUCCGCUGUUUUACUCGAACUGCCGCUAAAGUUAGCGCUGUUUUAGCGCUGUUUUGGCGCUGUUUCUGAGGCGGUAGACAUGCUAACCGAAUGAAGAAGUCUCGGUCUGAUAUUCUGUGGAUUUAUAACCGUUAUUACUCUCUUAGCAUCUGGACUGAUUAGCUGCGGCUGACGCUUCAGACCAGGAGGGCAGCGUCUGACGGACUUCUGGUUGUGUGCUCAGUGAUGCAUCUUGAAUCCUCUUUUCAUUGACAUUACCUGAGUGUAGCGCUCUGCCUUCCUCUGCCCAAUGUCCAGAAUGAGCGCCCGGGUUCUGCUGCGUUUCCACUCUGCUGCUGGUCCAGCGUCCAGGCGCCCCGUCCACCAGCUGGCCUCCCUGAGCCAGGCAGCCCGGCUAUCAGAGAAGAAGCUCAGAAGCCUUCUCUAUCCUUUCAGUGAUCUGGAGGCACACCUGUCACGGCAGGUAGACCAGAGAAGAUUCCGGCUCUUCCAACCCAACAUGGAAGAUCUCGAGCGGGCAGAGAAACUGUUCAUUCCUUCUCCUAAACAUCACAUACUGUACUCCACAUCAGCCGUCCGCGCUGACCACAUGCCUGAACUCACUCAGCCAGAGGUGAGAAGGCAGACAAGAAAGAUCCUGUUUCAAACAACUAUUUAUUCUGUGUGUUUCAUCGGGAGGAGUAAUGUUGGAAAGUCUUCCCUCAUUCGGGCCCUCUUCUCUCUGGCUCCAGAGGUGGAAGUUCGGGUCUCCAAAACACCAGGACACACAAAAAAGCUGAACUUCUUCACGGUGGGGAAAGCCUUCACGCUAGUGGACAUGCCUGGCUAUGGACACCGCGCCCCGAAAGACUUUGUGGACAUGGUGGAGCCCUACCUUCAGGAGCGACAGAACCUUGUGAGGACGUUCCUGUUAGUGGAUGGUGGAGCAGGACUGCAGAAACUGGAUUUGGUUGCCAUGGAGAUGUGUGAAGAGUUUGGCAUUCCCUAUGUGCUGGUGGUGACUAAAAUAGACCGGACGCGGCAGGGGGCUCUGCUGGCUCUUCUGCUGCAGCUCCACGACUUCAUCAAAGAUCAGACAAGCACCUGCUUCGCCCAGCCCUUCAUCGUGAGCUCAGUCCAGUACUCGGGCAUCCAUUUCCUCAGGUGCUUCAUAGCCCACGUGACCGGAAACCUACAGCUGAGCUCCAAACCCACCUGAGACCCUAAUAAAAACAGAAAAUGCACUGCCCCUCCAACAGACUCUGAAACAGGAGCUGCUCAGGCCUUCAGGACUGAAGACUGUCUGACAAGAGGUCAAGCAGCUGUGAUGUUCGUGAAAGCCCUUGCAGAUAGCAAAGCCUGCAGGCUGUUGGUCAGGUAUACCCGAGAUUGGCAUCUGUCCGUUUUAUUUUAAUCAGGUUGACGCAUAAAACUCUGAGAUUAAAGUGAUACCUCACUGUGAUUCAACCUGCAGCUGCACUGUGUAUAUAAUCCAGAGAGUGUCUUGUAUUAUUUGGCCAGUUGGAGGGCUGGCAAGUCAUCAUUAAAGACCUGAAAAUGAUGUAAAAUGCAGCAGAACUUAUUCUUCUUGGAAUUAACAGCAUAGAUGACGAAGAAGGCACAGUAAAGCGCAGAGCAGAGUGGAACGUGUUCUCCUUAUCAGUCAUUAUAAAACUGGGUUUGAAGUGAAAUGUGCUGGAAGUGCAGCACUGCAUUGUAAAGAGUUUCUUUUGAAGACAUUGUAAAUUAAUUGCAGUAAUCUUGUUGUGGUGUAUUCACGUUCUUAAGGCUAAUAUAUAGAACAAAACCUCGCAUCUCCACUAUGGUAACUUUACAGGGGGAGGAAAAAACAUACUUUACUUCUAAUGUAAGUCAGUGGAACCAGAAUUUUUUCCAGGACAUUUUGGGCAGCGUUUUCAAAUUAUGUCAAAAACUGAAAAACGAUAAAAAUUGAGAUAUGAGGUUUUGUUCCGACAGCAGCGACAUGUUUCUGCCUAUGAGUAAAAGGUAAAUGGUGAUGUGGGCAAAAUAAACUACGAAUUAAAAAGGUUUUAUUGA